AUGAGCGGCUCUAAAAAGGAUCUCACAGAGAUGAACACACGUUCUCUCUCGAUGGACAGUGAUGCAGCUGAAUUAGCCAAGAUGGGAUAUAAACAAGAAUUUUCAAGGCAUUACGGAUUUCUUUCCACAUUUUCAUUUGCACUUUCUAUUUCCGGUUUAAUGGGAACCAUUUCCAUCACAUAUAUGUAUCCACUCAUCUCUGGUGGUCCGGCAGCCGGAGUUUGGUGUUGGUUUAUUGGAUCAAUUGGUUGUCUUUGUAUUGCAUGGUCUGUCGCUGAAAUUACUUCAUGCUUUCCUACAUCUGGGGGUAUGUACUACGUUAUUACGCAUGUUGUUCCAAAAAAAUGGGUCCCCGCACUAUGUUGGACUGAUGGCUGGCUUUAUUUCACCGGUGCAUUAACCGGUACCUGUUCGACAGAUUUUGGAGCUGCAACACUACUUUUGCAAACCAUUUCCAUGCAUUCGGAUUAUUCAUAUAUUCCAUCAAAGGGUCAAACUACUGCUGUUGCCAUAUUGAUUAUGCUAUCACAUGCUUUGCUUAACUCGCUUCCAGGUGAUAUUCUUUCUAGAGUGACGAAAUACUACUGCAUCAUCAACAUUGGAACCACAAUUGCUUUGAUUGUGACUCUAUUGGUCAAGUGCCCAAAAAUUAAUACCGCCGAAUUUACAUUCACAAAGGUCGUUAAUUCAACAGGAUGGGAUUCAAAUGGUUGGGCUUUUCUCUUUGGUUUUUUAGAGGUUUCUUGGGUCAUGACUUGCUAUGAUGCGACGUCGAGAAUAUCGGAAGAAGUGAAAGAUGCUGCUCUUUAUACACCCUUAGCUAUUGCAUCCGCACUUACAACUACUGCUGUCCUUGGUUGGGUUCUAAACGUUGUGAUCACUUUGACCAUGGGAACAGAUGUGACUGGAAUUAUUAAUGGUGUUUCUGGCCAGCCAAUCGUGGAGAUAUAUCUUCACGCUAUGGGAAAAACAGGCGCAACUGCAUUUUUGGCACUUGCCUUUCUUAUUAUUUGGUUCACCGGUGCUACAGCUACAUGCUAUACCUCGAGAUCGUUGUGGUCGUUUGCCAGAGACAGAGGACUUCCAUUUUCAGAUUUCUGGCACCACAUCACACCAAGAACAGGUGUUCCAACACGUUGUGUUUGGUUGGUUUGUGUAAUCAACUGCCUUUUGACACUCAUAAACUUGGGAUCUACCAUUGCCAUGAACGCAAUCUUUUCCGCAUGUGCAAUUUGUACUGAUUGGUCCUAUAUUCUAGUUAUCUUCUGCUUUGCCGUUAAUGCCCGUAAGAUGGGUGUUGCUAAGGGACCAUUCAAUUUGAAGAAGCUUUCGCACCCAAUAAUGUUUGCAUCAUGUGUUUGGACUGUGUUUGUGUCUAUCGUCUUUGUUUUCCCUAACUAUAUGCCGGUCACCAAGGAAAACAUGAACUACACUGUGGUCAUUCUAGCUGCAGUUUUCUUCUUUUCUGGUGGAUGGUACUUGCUGAGUGCCAGAAAAUGGUACAGUGGUCCAGUGGCUAACGUUGUCGAUAGCUCUGACUCUACAGUUGAGCAAGCAAUAACGCAAAGUGAAACCAACACUUUAGAAAUGUCUUCCGAGUCUGACACCAGGAAGACAAAGGCAAAUUCUGAUGAUAGUGCCUAA